AUGGCGCCCCCUAUCUGCACAAAGACGUUCAAGCUGAACAAUGGCCUCGACUUCCCUGCCGUCGGUCUGGGCACUUGGCAAGGCUCCCAGGGGACGGACGAUGAAAGGGCUCUGGAGGAGUCCAUCAUCCACGCGCUCAAGUCCGGUUACCGUCACAUCGACACGGCCCAGAUCUACGGCGUCGAAGAGGUGGUGGGCAGGGCCAUCCGCAACAGCGGCGUCCCCCGCUCCGAGAUUGUCGUCGUCACAAAGUUCUGGGGCCACUGGCACCACGACCCGGCCGCGGCGCUCCAGAUCUCGCUCGACGCCCUCGGGCUCGACUACGUCGACGUCUUCCUCAUGCACUGGCCCUGGGCCACGACGCCCGCCCCGGAGAGGAAGGUGUUGAGGAAGUGGGAGAGCCCGACCUUCAUCGAGACGUGGAAGAAGAUGGAACCCCUGGUUGGCGACCGGUGCCGGGCCAUCGGCGUGAGCAACUUCAUGCCCAAGGUCCUGGACGAGUUGCUCGCCGAAGCCACGGUUGUGCCCGCCGUAAACCAGGUCGAGCUGCACGCCUUCAACCCGAACCUGAACCUUGUGCCCUACUGCCAGGAGAAGGGCAUUGUCGUCACCAGCUGGAGCACGCUGGGUGGCUCGCGCGGGGCCAAGAACGAGAUCCUCACACACGAGCUCUUCACCGGCAUCGCCAAGGCGCACGACGUCUCGCCGGGCGUCGUCUCGCUCUCCUGGGCGGUGCAGCGAGGCGUCGCGGUCAUCCCGAAGAGCGCGACCAAGUCUCGUAUCGAGGAGAACAUCCGCCUCGUCACCCUAACCGACGAGGAGAUGACCAAGAUCAACGAGGCGCACAAGACGAUCAAGAGGGAACGCUUUUCCAACGGCAUCGCCUCACAGCACCACGAGAUCGACGGCAAGGUGGCCCAGCAGGGUUGGACGUACGUGGAUAUGGGCUACGAAGACGAGGACGGCAACUGGUUGGCGUAA